AUGUUGCGAAGUACCUUAGUCUGUAAAGUAAACUCUCCUGGGAUAACAGCACUGCUGCAAAUCACAGAAUCCGACAGAUUGAUCGUUGCCAAGUCCAGUGGUGCUGUGGAAGUAUAUUCGACGGACAAAAGUACGCAUAGCUUCAAAUUAUUUCAGACAUACCCUAAGCUGCUAAACUCUCUACCCGCCAAUGAGUCUAUCAUUCUUGAUUUUCUUUAUUCGAAGGAGUUAGCUACAAUUUUUGGGAUAUGCAAGAACGAUCUAGUCCUACUUAACAGUGCCAAUCUACACCUGUACGAUCGAAUUAUUGACAAACGUGGUAUCGGCGAAAGUUGGAUACGAGAGUUAAAGCUUACUGGCAAAUCAGAUGAGACUUUCACUUUUCUGGUUUAUACAACUAAAAAUGCAUCGCCCUCCAAAUUACGAUUGUUGAUCUGGGAGGGCAGGACGUACACUAAGAUGCUUGAGGUUUCCUUACCCACCAGCUCUGCUAGCAAAAAUGAAAUAAUCAAGUCCAUAAAUGUGACAAAUGCUGGGGAUAUUCUUAUAGCAACAUCGGCCGCCAUAUAUCUGUGGGAAUUCAACUCCGUCGUUGUACUCAAAUUGGACCAAAUAUAUCAAAGGAAAUACCCCAGUGACAUGAUGACCGCCGCGCAUGACCUACAGUUUGAAUGUGACGAACUAAAUAUACCAAAGAGCAGAGAUGAUAAAUCGAUACGACAUGAUAGCAGUUCUGUGAAGACUAAUUCCAGCAAUAAGAGUAAAUUUAAAAUUGCAUCACUUUGGAGAUCAAGAUCUUCAAACUUUCUUUCUGGUAGUAGUGCUGAUUUUAGGUAUUCAUUUCGAGACGAAAGAACAAACGAUAUAUACGUAGUUGAUGGACGUACAAAGAAGUUGUACGCUCUUCAGUUACAAAUGAAAGAGGAUAGAGAAUUGAUAUACUUGAUGGCAUCUGACCAUAAACAGUUUUUCGAAUGGAACUCCAUGUUUUCCUCGAUACAUUAUCUGUCAUCAGAUAUACUGUUAUUACACAAUACAAGGACGAUGAGGUUUGUUGACUAUGAAAAUGGGUUCACUUUUCUGGAAAAAGAUUUUGAAGAAGGCAUCAAUCAAGUAAGACAUAUGACAGGAGCAUAUUUUAUUGUAUGGACGAAGAAUGAUCAGAUUCAACUGUAUCAUUAUCAAGUAGACGACAUGGAGGAUAAGAGCGCGCUGAGCAAUGACGAGAUAUCUAUCUGUGGUACCAACCACGACUCGUAUUUCUAUCAGCUUUGGAGAAGUGUACUUUUUUACAGAUAUUUUCUGACCUCAAAGGACUCAUCAGAAUUAUGCGCAUCAGAACAUCCACAAGAGUCUCUAGAUGUGUGCGCUAUGAAAUUAAGGGACUUGACCGUUGUUUGGUGUCUACAGAUAUUUGAUAACUUGAAAACAAAUAUGAAUCGCCUACGAUCACAAGACCAUAAAGAGCCUAAUGAUAAGGUUAUCGAUAUGGUUAAACAUGCAGAGAAUGUCAUUAUACGUGACAUAUUUGGUUUUUUCAUAGAGUUUUGGGCACCUCCACAAUUGGUGAUUUUGAAAACUUUCCCCACUGCCAUUUCGUAUCUCGUGGAAGCCUUGACCGGGCAAGAACACAAAUGUAUUUCGAACGAGGAGGAAACAAUUAAUGAGGGUUAUUCAAUACCAGCACAUUUGAUAAAAAAAUGGUGCAUACCGUAUCUCACAGAUACCAGAAGACAUUUCAGGAACUUAUUACUCAACGAGAGAAAUCAUUCGGUAAAAGGAAUAAUCUGGAAAUAUGCUGAUAGAGAAAUUGAUUGGCAUCUUGACUUUUUUUUACUGGACAAACAUACGUCAAUUACUGUCGAGACCAUGCUGGCUCUAGUCGACACUGUCCUAUUCAAAACGUAUCUCUUGUACUAUCCGGCCAUGGUGGGUCCGCUAAUUCGAGUGGACAACAUGUGUGACAUUACGAUAGUAGUUGAAGAUUUGAAGAAGAGAGACAUGCUUAAGGAGUUGACGGAAUUUUUUUUUCAAAGAAAAAUGCAUAAAGAAGCCCUGGAGUUUUUGGCCCAAGCGAUCAGUCAGAACACCGAUUUAGAGAAGGACCAAAAAUGCCCACAGGAGAAAGAUGAGGAGAAUUUGACUGAACUGUUACUUAUCGACUACUUGAAGCAUAUACCCAAAGAUUUUAUGGAUGAGUUAUUCUAUUACACGAAGUGGUUAUGUGAUAACGAGAGCAACACGAAACGAAACGCGAUACUAACUUCUAUUUUUUUCCAGUUCAACUCAGUUUCUUUGGAACGUGACCAUGUUGCUACCUACCAGUUUAUCGAUGGUUAUGACCACGAACUUGGCAACAAGUAUCUGGAGCUAAUUCUAAAUGAACUAGACUAUAAAGACAUUCAACUGCAAAAUAUUCUCAUUCAAAACUAUCUAGAUCGAUUGGAUGACGCGGCUAUACGAAACAAGCUCAAACUCUUAUUAGAGGUGCAUUCCACAGAUGAACCAAACACGAUACUCAAGUUGUUGGAAAAUAAAUUAUCGGAAGAUGUUAGCCUUUCAGAAGAUAAUCGCAUUUUUUUAAAAUGGUUACAGACGUAUCCUCUUGCCAAAUUAGGAAAACAUGAGCGUGCCCUUGAUAUUUUGUACGAUGAACUUGACGAUUAUACGAAAUGUUCCACUUAUACUGAACUGGUGUUCCGCAAAAAUGAGAAUGAAGGGCGAGCUGCUUUGAUGUACUUUUUCAAGAAAAUCAUUGGUAGUCGUGCUUCAGACGAUCAAGAAAACGAUAAAUUGGUUGUUUUUUUAAAGAAGUUUGUGACCAGAUUGGACAUCGUUGAUAUCUUUAAAGAGUUACCAAAAUCGAUGCCAUUGAAAGAUUUAAAGGAAUAUUUAUCUCAGUCGAUGAAAAGCCAUGCACUGAUGACCAACUCAUUAAGAAUGGACAAAAAUGUUUUACAAGUUGAGCUAGUCAAUGUAACGCACUCUUUGGACAACAACCGCUCAAAGUUCAUACAGAUAAACGAAAAUUACAAGUGUCAUAUCUGUGGUAAAGCGUUUUCUACUUUUACGACAGAUGAGGCACUAUGGUUUACGAUGAGAAAUGGGAGAGAUUACGUGGUCCAUUAUUUCUGUGGGAAAACCAUACAGGAGAAGUUACGUAGUAGCUUAAAUAAGAGGAGCAAGUUGGCAUCCAGAACAGUUCUGGAUAUUCGAGCUAAUAGCCUUCCUGAUGUAGCGUAG